AAAAAACCAAGGGGAGAAGUAGCGGGGUUUAGCUUCUCUAUUUGCUUAUUUAAAUAACAGCCAAUUUUCUGUUGGUGGAAGCUACAAAGGUACAGCAUAGGUGUGAUUGUGGAAAAAAUACCAUGAAUUAUGGAGGACUAUCUUCAGUGUGUUAGUGUAAGGGCACUCGAAGACUACAUGUGCUGACCACGAUGAAUACGACUGUACCUAAGCAUCUCUGUGAUAACCUAUGAUUUUUUUUCCUUGGGAGCAAUGUCAUCUUUUGUGGCACGAGAGCUGUUCCCUCAGACUGUGGAAGGCACUUCAGUCUUGACCAUGGAUAUUCUUGCUAAGAAGUUUCGGGAGCAGACGUUGGAAGAAUCCAACAAACAAAAUUCAUCUCAAAUUAAAUUUAUCCGUCCCGGGGAAGGUUUUAGACUUAGUCGCAAUGCUGAAGCCAGGCUGGCAGGGGCAGACAAAAAGGUAUUUACAGUACAGUUGAACUCUAAUGAAAGAGACAAUGUAUUAGGUGGCUCUCCUUUUGAGAGUUACCCAGAAAACUAUAGGGACCAGUCAGUAUGUGACAAAAAUGCCAACUGCCAGGUGGAUCCGCCCUCAAAGAGACACUGUCGUUCGCUGUCUGUGCCCGCAGAUAAAAUGUGUCCACAAAAAUGGCAACCUCAGGAGACACAAGUCUGGAAGCCAGUAGCUGUGAUAUCCAGUGACAGACAACAUCCCACAAAUCUGUGUUACUUAAAUCCUUCACACUACAGUGACCUCACCCAACAGACUUCAGAUUUUAUUAGUAUAGCUCCCACAAAUUUCCAUUUUGAGCCGGGAGGAGGUCAAGGGUUACAUAUACCACCUGAUAUUUUCACCCCACCAGAAUCACCUGUUCCCCGCCCAUCAUCCACUUCCACAUGUUCGGGUCGUCAUGACGUUUCAUACUUAAAGCUUCAUGCUUUUGACAACCGUAGUCUUUCAUAUGAGGACCAAAUCUCAUCUAGCUCUUCAGCAGGGUCUACUCCCAGUGUUCCUGUAUUUAUUGGGUCAGUUCAGUCAUCCCCACACCGACACAGAAUUCCUCGAUGUCGUUCACAACCUUCUGUACUGCAUGACAGAAAGUAUGGAGUCAAACGACGAAGGGACCAUGAUCAGAGACCGGCCCUGAAUUUCCUAAAAAUGACAGAGAAGGGGAGGGUGUCACGGGUAUCACGAUUCCAUGAGGAGCUGGAGUCGGUCAUGAGUCUCAUGCCUAUUGCCAGUUCUCCUCUGGACAAAGACGUCCCUCUCAGCCGAGCCAUGGAGUCCAGCACCAGUCCUAUCACAGAGAUGGAGCAAGGCAGAACAAGCAGUGCUGAGUUCCUGGAUCGUGACCCUAAUGACCUGGAAGAGGAAGAUGGACCUGUCAAGCUUCUGGGUGACUCGGAUGAAGUGGAGGAAAUCUUCACUCUUCAAGAGGAUUUAGAUUUAGAACAAAUUGAAACAAAUUAACUGUUGUCUGUCCUAGCAUCUUUUCUGUCUUUCUUUUAAAUUGGAAAUGUUAAAAAUACUUUUUUUUCUGAUUGUACAUUCUAUAGUGUUUUGAAUUUUACACAUGGGGAGAACUAAUUGCAUCUUUUUCUUUAUUCUGUACAAAAUGUUUCCGUCCAAGUAAUUUUAAAAUAACAUUGCAAUUUGAAUAACAUUGCAUUGAUAAUAAACCUGGACAUGUAUGUUCAUUUUUUUUUUUUCAAUGUGGAUAUACAUACAUGAAAGUGAAAGUAUAUCAUUUCGUAAAUGCUUUAGAUUAUUAAAAGAAUUUUUUGUACAUGUAUAUAUACCUCAGUGACAUCAAAUUCAUUGCAUUUAUGAAUAAUAUCUUGAUCAGUUUAGAAAUGUUUGAAAUCACAUGUAGCUGUUGGGAACAUUCCAGUCAUAAACAAUUACAUAUUUUCAUCAUUGUGAAUACAACAUUUUACUUAAAAAAAGAAAAAAGAAAAAAUUACAUAAACUCAAAUUCAUAUCCUGGGUAAAUUCAUCUUAGUGAAUUUUUAUUGAAUUAAAUUUUGCAAUGAAGAGCUACUUGUAAACAUGGUAAAAUUGAUGAGCUGUGAAAUAUCUUAUCUUAAUUCAGCAUAUAUCUUAGAAUUGAACUCCCACAAAUAUGCCUGUCUCAUUUCUAUUUAUUACUUUUACUUAUGUAUUUAAUAUAUACAUGUAUAAUGGCAUUUAAUGUCAACUUAAGUCCUUCAUUUUUAGCAAUUUCUACAAGAUGAAAGUGUUGAAAUCCACUUGAUAAUUAUGACUCAAUGCAAAUGACUGGACAAUUGGACUUGUAAUGAUAUCUUUCUUUUGAUAAGGUAUAAGAUUCAUACUUAUGUUAGAUUUUGCUAGAAUUUUGCCUAAUUAGAUCAAACUUUGCUUGAUUUCCCGUUAUUGAAGCCAUGAACCAAUAAAGUUUGUAUACCGGGUAAUAUUUUAUUUAGUCUUAAUUCAGAAGUUUUUGCAUACCGGUAUAUUAAGCUAGAUACAUGUAGGAUAAAAUGUGAAUUUCUUGGAUUUUUUAAAUAAAGUACCUAGAUUUUGUAAUUCCCCCCUUUAUCAACACAACAUGAAGUCAACUAUUUAUUCUUUUUUAACUUUUGAUAUUUUGUUACUCAUCGUUGAGAAAAUGGUGAAAUUAAUGGCAUAUCAAUUUAUGAAGUCUUUGUUAUUCAAUGUCUUAUGAACAAAUGGCAUAUUCAUUUUUCAUAUCAAUACAUUUUUACAUUUUGUGGUACAUUUUUUUUCAUCUUGUUUUUUUUUUUUAGAAAGCAAAGUUUUUAAAAAACAGAACAUUCAUUGUCAAUUUAAUUAUAGAAGCUAGUCUGGGUGUAAAGUACAAUGUAUAUUCUGAUCAAAUCCCAAAUUAUUGUGUGACAGAAAAGGAAAGAAUUGGUGAAGAAUAUAACACAUAUAAUGUACUGAAAUACACAAUGAAAUCUAAAAAAAUGUUAUUUAUAUAUUUAGAACUAAUUAACUAGAUGGGAUCAAUAUGGAAAGCAUACAGAAACAGGACUAAGUAAUUGAUUUUAUUGACAGAUACAUUCAGGGAUAAUUGUGUCAAAAUUAGCCAAGUAGAUUGGCGUCAAAUUUAUUGCUGUAGCAUUUCCCUUGCUUUGAGUAAGGUUUGUUUUUUAAUUCAUCUACAUAUUGUACACUGGAUAUUCAUGUAUAGAAACAGAACAAAGCUGUAUAUCGACUUCCCAGUCACCAUACAGAUGCUGAAGUGUGUUACUGUGUGUCAUAAUUAGAGAGAGACACAUUUUGAUUCAAAUCAUGGCAUUGUUAAAUUUAUGUGGUUAAUAAAUGAAAAUUUAUUCUG